CAAACGCAGUCUCCUCAGGCAGGAGCGCGUUCCAGUAAGAGCCCGACAUACUGUAAAAAGACAACUGGAAAACUGUUAACGAAAUUAACAGGGAACUGACCUGUUAGUCCUCUCCUGUUAGCAGAGGAGGAGAAACGUAUAUCAGUGGACUCUUGAUUUUUAUCAUCGCGUUUGGGCCCACAGAGUCGCCAACAUGAGUCAGUGGUUGGAGCUGCAGCAACUGGAUUCGAAGUUUUUGGAGCAAGUGGAUCAGCUGUACGAUGACAACUUCCCAAUGGCCAUCCGCCAGUAUCUUAGCAGCUGGAUAGAGAGCCAUGACUGGGACCACGUUGCCAACGUAGAGAACGAGUCCUUAGCAACCGUGAGGUUUCAUGACCUUUUGACCCAGCUGGAUCAUCAACACAGCCGGUUUGCGAUGGAGAAAGACUUCCUGAACCAGCACAACAUCCGCAAGAUCAAGAGGAACUUGCAGAGUCUCUUCCAAGACAAUCCUGUUUCCAUGGCAAUGAUCAUCAGUCGGAACCUGAAUGAGGAGAGAAAGAUUUUAGUAUCCGCCCAAAUGUCAGAGCAGAAUCGUGUAGAGAGCUCCCAAAACGACAUGAUCGUGGAGAAACAUCGAGAAAUGGAUGCGAAAGUAAAAGACAUCAAGAUGAAAGUGCAGGGAACUGAACAAAUCAUUAAAAAUCUUGAAGAUCUACAAGAUGAGUACGACUUCAAGAGCAAAACUCACCAAAGCAGAGAGGACCUGAACGGGACGAUUUCGAAAGAAGACCUGAAUCGGGAGAGGCUGGCCAUUCACUCCAUGUUAAUGAAACUCAACGACAUGAGAAAGAACGUGAUCAGUCAGAUAUCAGAGGUCUUGAACCUCAUGGAUCAGGUGGUGUUCGAGCUCAUCUCAACUGAACUUGCCGAAUGGAAACGGCGUCAGCAGAUGUUUUGCAUCGGAGGUUUGACCCACGUCUGCUUGGACCAGCUGCAGAACUGGUUUACUUCAGUUGGCGAAUCUCUGCUUCAGCUUAGACAGCAACUUAAGAAACUUCUUGAACUGGAGCAGAAGUUCACAUAUGACAACGACCCUAUUACCAGUAGCAAAAACACUCUGGAGGAAAGGAUUACGUUAAACCUCAAAAAUCUUAUUACAAACUCCUUGGUUGUUGAGAGACAACCAUGCAUGCCAACCCAACUUCAAAGACCAUUGGUGCUCAAGACGGGAGUUCUGUUUACCCUUAAAAUUCGAAUGCUUAUAAAGCUUCAGGAAUUUAAUCACACUGUUCGCGUGAAGGUGCAUUUUGAUAAGGAUGUUGUUGAAAAACGAAAAGGGUAUCGUAUGUUUAACAUCUUGGGAACGUCCAUGAAGGUGAUGAACAUGGAGGAAUCCAACGGAAUGGCGGCAGAAUUCCGACAUCUGCAACUCAAAGAGAGGAAAGUUACUGGGAACAGAACCAGUGAGGGCCCGCUGAUCGUCUCGGAAGAACUUCACUCCAUCACUUUUGAGGCGGAGCUUUGCUGGUCUGGAAUGGUGAUGAAUUUUGAGACCACCUCCUUGCCCAUAGUCGUGAUCUCCAACGUCAGUCAGCUGCCCAGUGGAUGGGCGUCCAUAAUGUGGUACAACAUGCUGACCUCUGAGCCCAAGAAUCUGUCGUUUUUCGUGAGUCCUCCUACUUGUACAUGGGGACAUCUAUCGGAGGUGCUGAGCUGGCAGUUUUCCGCCAUUACCAAAAGAGGUCUCAAUCAAGAACAACUAAGCAUGCUGGGAACUAAACUUUUGGGUCCCAAAGCAGUGUCAGAUCCUGAAGCUCAGAUCCCAUGGAACAGAUUCUGUAAGUCGGGUGGUGAGAAGAACGCUACAUUUUGGCUUUGGAUUGAAGGAAUUUUGGACCUUAUAAAGAGACACUUGUUGAGCCUCUGGGAUGAUGGGUGUAUCGUUGGGUUUGUGACCAAGGACCGCACUAAAACUUUGCUACACGACAAAGCUCCCGGUACCUUUCUGUUGCGCUUUAGCGAAAGCAACCGCGAUGGAGCCAUCACAUUCAGCUGGGUGGAACAUGACGCGAACGAAGAGCCGCAGAUUCGCUCUGUGGAGCCCUACACGAAAAAGGAGCUCUCGGCUGUUUCACUUCCCGACAUCAUUCGAAACUACCGCGUGAUGGCAGCCGAAAACGUCCCGGAAAACCCUUUGCGCUUCCUCUACCCUAAUCUACCUAAAGAUGAAGCCUUCAGGAAAUACUACUCUAAACCCACAGACAAACAAGAGCCAAUGGAUGUUGAUAGGAAGUCAGAUGAAGGCUAUAUCAGUACCACCCUCAUCUCUAUCUCUGAAAUGAAACCAAAGGAAUAUGAACAUAACCUCAUGCCUAUGUCACCUGAGGUCUUUGGCGAGCUAGCGCGGAUGAAUCCAUUCAUACAAGAAAUGGAAUCAACUCUUUUGGAGAUGCCAUAGAACCUCACUUAAGGACUUCAUUAAUGGGUUUUUGCUUAAAAAUAACGAAAAGGAUUGUUCACACACGACGUGUCUUUAACUACCAUGCACUUAUGUUACAAUUGCAAGGUUUCGAUAGACGUACUUAUUGUAAUACGGAAAGGUUCGCAGUAUUGGAAGGUCACAUAGUGAUGUAAGACACCUGAUAUGAUGUGUGAGGUGUGAGUCGAGAUCAGAUAUUCCUGUUUUGUUGUAGCGAACAGAUAAAAAAAAUACUGUAUAUAUGCUGCCAUCUAUAAAAAACUAACUAAAUUCAUGCUAUAGUAUACUUAGCACUUAAUAUGGUGAAUUAAAGCAACCUUAUAAAGUUAGAGACGUUAUAGUUUGUAAAUAGCACUUAAUUUUAUAAAUUCUAUCAUUGCUGAUAUGCCAAGUGAUGAUAUAAAGACGCAGAAAGUAAGAAAUAAAUCAUAAAAAGUUAAAAUGAUGGGCAAGGGGAUACAAUCCUUAUGGUUCUGAGAAGGCUUCAUUUUUAACUAUAAAUAUUUCCAGUUAUAUUUUGGAGUAAAAUGUGACCUAGAGUAUUUUAGAUUACCCAGAAAGAUUUUUCAAAAAGCAAGGAUUAAGGUCUGAUUGACACAUUUAAGCUGUUGGGUGUUUAGUUUUUUUAAACACACUUGAAAAAAAAUCCUGAAUGCUUUGUGAAAUUUCUGGUGCUUCAUUUGUAUUUGUUUGCACGUAUUUGUACUUUAUGUAUUUUCUUUUCUACACUGGAUCGUGCUGCUGUUUUCGAUUACAAUUAUUUGUCUGCUUAGUCUGUCGUGGGCAUUAUAAAAAUUAUUUUCGUUUGCUUUAAACCUAUACCUAAAGCUUUUGGUGUAGACUAACAAAUGUUGUAUAUUUCUUAAAAAUCUCAUAAAGUAAAAGCAAUAUAGCGUAAUUAUUGUAUAAUUGUCUUAAAGGGAUAGUUCACUCAAAUGAAGAUAUUUUAAAUAAUGUUUGUAAUCAAGCAGAUCUGGGGCACCUUUGACUUCUAUAGAUGGUUUCAUUGUAAGCACGCAUGUUUCAGCGGAUAAGAGCCUGGAACCAAAGUUUACUUCUGGUCUGUGUUUAUUUAUACGUGUGGCUUGUAGCUAAACUGAACUGUGGAGCAAAAAUGUCUAAAAUAAAAUAAACAUUUGGAAUGCAAUCUAAAGAUAUUGUAUACAUUAUUUUAUACAGUAACGUUUGGUUCACAAAAGCCGUUUGCUUAUGUUGUUACUGCCGAGACCAUAUAUAGUAGGGAAAAAAAUAAUACUAUGGAGGUGAAUGGUGCCCCAGAUCUGUUUUCAAAAUAUCUUAAUUUGUGUUCAGCAGGAAAAAGAAGUUAAUACAGGUUUGCGACUUAAGGGUUGCCUAAAUAUAUACAGGUCCCACACUGAAUAGAUGCCUUGGAAAAGUUUAAGAAAUUAAACAUUUAUAGAAAACAAACUAUUUAUAAUUUACAGUUAAAACCUUUAUUGUUUAAUUAUUAAAUAAAAAUCAAAGCGAUGCAGUAAAUUCAUAGCAGUAAAUAGCGCAAUAAUUUGAACAGCUUUUACCACUAAUAUCUAUUAAGCAAUGUAACCGAAACGUAAUUAAAAUAAGACAGAAAAACAUUGAUUGCUUGUAUGUUUGCAUUGUGACGUUUAGCAUUUAAUAAAUAACAUCAGCAACACACAUUUACGAAACACACACAUUUACAAUAGCCAACUUUAAUAACGGCAACAAUAGUGUCCCACUAGAAAAUCCUCGCACAGUUGAGGUCAACUCAGCUUCGGAGGUUUGUUCAAGUAUUCGCACGUCCAUAAAACUUUACCAUUCUUACAGUAAAACAAUCACUGUGCAUGUGUGAAUAUAACGUGUGCUUACAGACAUAAAAACCAUCAUAUAGUGCUGUCACACAAUCCACGGGACAUUUAGACCUAUUUGCUGUCAUUGUUGUUAAUACAAGUGCAUGUAUCUUAUUUUGGGGGAUUUUUAUCCUGUAAUAAAACUGAUUUAUAAAAA